GACAACAACAAAGAAUUUUGUAUCUGUAAAUAAUCCAACAGCUGUUCUUUGAUUUUAUUUAUGUUACGAGUUUAGCUUAGUAAAAUGAAUGAAGAAAUCGAUGAAUAUGAUAUUUAUCACCAGGAUUUCACUACAGUGUCAGAGUGGGAAGUGUUUGUAGCAAGACUGGAGGAGGUUAUCAAUGAGUGGCAUUUGUCGAAAUCGAUGCUUAAACGUUUUCCAGAAUACACAAAGAAAUGGAUUACAAAAUCAGAAGAAAUCAAGUUUCGUGGCAUUCAGUUCACAUUAUCGUAUCAUAUGUUGGAACCGGUGAAAAAUACCAACGAUGUAGAGUAUACCGAUGAUCAGUCGCUUCUUUCUGAAUUACAGAAAGGCCUUUGGGAAUCAGCGUCAAAUUUUAUGGAGGACGUUGACGGCAGUCCUUUUCCUGUUUCCAAUUGGUUCGGCUUAAAGAGAUAUUUAAUGUUGUGUUCUAGUAGCCCAUUGGUAGAUGGAAGUAUCAUUAAAAUUGUAAUGAGCUCUGUUAACAUAGCAUUUGGCAAUGUUGAUUGUUCUGUGCCUUUAUUUGUAAAAAUAAGAGAGCACUGGCAAAAUGUAUACCUAGGUGUCUAUGAAGAUAAUGAUUACAAGACAAGUAUUGACACAAUACAUUUGAAGAGAAUUUCAAAUCAUUGUUCUCACCUUAAUGGACUUAUGAGUUUGUUUAAAUCUAAAAUUGCGUCACCUAUAGCUCUAGAUGCUGUUCUUAUAUCUGCAAAACUCUGCUAUGAGUUAAAAGAUUCUGAUACAUUUUCAUGGAAACAAAGAAAUAACUCAAAUGAAUUUCUAUCAAUUGAUGGGUUCGAUGUUAAAAAACUAAUUGAGCUGCCUUUUGGAGCAGAAAAGAAUCCUAUACACAGUGCUUGUUUAAAUGCAAUUUGGCCACAGUUCCGUGAGAGUGCCAUUGUUGAUUCUUCCACGUUUUCUGAUAUUGAUCCAAUAAUGGCUCCAACAUGGACAAUAACAUUAAAAUUAAGAAACAAUAUUCAAUGUCAAUUAUCUGAAAUUAUAGAUAAAAUGAUGUCAUUGUUAGAUGAAAGAAAUUUAUUAAUGGAUAUAUUAGGUUUAAGUAAGAGUUUGGGGCUGGUGAACCCGUUGCAUAAGAUUACAGAAGCACCUAUUACUAUAUCAAAACUAGUAAAAGCUGCUAUUGGUCAGAAUACAAGUGUAACUGAAUUCAAAGGACCAAUAACUGAUGAUUUACUGAUGCCAUUAUUGUACUAUGUUUUUCCUGAUGCAAUUGAGAACAGUAACUUUCCGUAUCCUGACCGGCUAGAUUUGGAAUCUAAGCAAAGUGAAGGCAGUGAGUCAAAGCUGUGUAGUUACAUAAAGACAAGUCCUGAAGAUGGCUUGGUGUGGAGACUCUCGGUGACCGCAAUCAGGUUACUCGAUGCUGGAGGUCUGCCAUACUUGGCACACUUUUGGUACGAGUUUGUGCAAGAACUUCAGUAUCGUUGGGAACAUCGCAUUCUUUUACCAGGCGUAACCGAAGGUCCUCCGAACGCGAGGACUUGUCUCCUGCACCAAAAGUUGCAACUGUUGAACUGCUGCGUGAGGCGGGUGUCGCAGGGCAGCGGAGGCGGCGGAGGCAGUGCAGGCGGCAUGGGAGGCAACUCCUCCGAGGAUGAGUUCUACGACUGUUCGGAGAGCGAAGCGGGAGAGGAGCAACUGCCCUGGGACCGGCCCGUGGGCAGGCUUACCCGCCUCGGCAACGAGACCCUCAAGAACGGGGCGCCGCUAUACGUUCCUCGCACACAGGAUCCAGCGCCGAAGACUGAGGAUCAAUUAGAAGAGGAUGCCGAGCUAAUGGUUCGCCUAGGCGACGACGCCAAAGCUUCGGAACUUCGCGCGAGAAUGAUGAGUGCUUCGCUGCUUUCCGACAUGGAAGCUUUUAAAGCUGCCAACCCCGGCGCGGAGCUCUGUGAUUUCGUCCACUGGUAUUCUCCCCGAGACUGGAAACCGGAUGACGGUGGAUCAUUAGGCGAUCGCAUGCUUCUACCGGGUAAUCCCUGGGUCGAAGCGUGGAAUGUGGCCCGACCCGUCCCAGCUUCACGACAAAGACGCCUGUUUGAUGAAACUCGUGAAGCAGAACAAGUUUUGCAUUUCUUACGCUCUCGUACAAUAGGGGCGGUUGCUGAACUUUUGCUGCCUGCUGUACUUAAAGCGGGAGCGUUAAAAGCAAUGGAAGAAGGAGCUACAGGUAAUGGUUCAAAUGUGGGUGGUGUUGAUAAGAGACGUACUUUUGAAAUAGCCGCUAGAGAGCUGUUUGAAGCAGAAAAGGAGUCGUGUAGAUCGGUAUGCGUUCGUAGAAUACUCGGUAGUAGCGCUGAAGGGAAGCCUUUAGAUGUGGCCGGGAGGACCAGGGUGCUGAAUGCGGUGGGGGGUGUUCUUCCUCCACCGUUUCGUAAGGAGUUUACACUGCGGGUGAAGGACACGGUCGGGCCGCAAAUUCUGAGAGCUGCUCUCUCUACAGACAUGACUCUAGUGGGCGCCUUUACAGAGCGCAUCGUUUGCUUGUAGCCUAUUAUAAUACAUUGGAAAUGUACAAUAAAUAACAGUUGUUGUAAGUUAAAGUCUAGAUAAAAUUUAUUCCUUUA